CGGCUCUGGAUUAGCGGAACUGGCGACGUGGGACGGUGUCCCCCUCCCUCCCGCCCUCCCGCCACACGCCCCGCCAGGCAACGGCGGACGGGGAGAGGCUGCUGGCGGCCCCCUCAGCGCCGGAGAGGAAGGCGGCGGCGUUGUUCUCCCCCGGUUGGGCGGCGAAUUCGGCGGGCCGGGCGAGGCCGCCUGAGGGGAGCGAGCGGCGCGGGCGGGCGGGCUGCGUGUGGUCGGCGGCGCUGCGGGGCAGCCCGUCCCCGGCUGGGGCGAUGGCGCUGCUGCGGGCGCGGGCGCUGUACGCCUUCCAGUCGGAGAACCCGGGCGAGAUCUCUCUGCGGGAGCACGAGGUGCUGAGCCUGUGCAGCGACCAGGAGAUCGAGGGCUGGCUGGAGGGCGUCAACAGCCGCGGCGACCGAGGCCUCUUCCCGGCCUCCUACGUGCAGCUCAUCCGCGCCGCCGAGCCGCCCGCCCCGCUGCCCGGGCCCGCCCCGGCCCGCUACGCGAACCUCCCGACCGGCGGGCUCGAACCGGCGGCGGCGCCCCCGGCGUCCACCUUCCACCCUCAGCAGCAGCUCCCCCCGCCGGCCGCCGAGCCGUUCCAGCUGCCGCCGCCGCCGGUGUCUUCGGGCUACCCGUUCCCCUACGGCGGCGGCGGCGGCGGCUCAGCCUACCAGCCCAGCCAGGGCAGCGACGACGACUGGGACGAUGACUGGGACGACAGCUCCACCGUGGCCGACGAGCCGGGCGUCCUGGGCUGCUCCUACGCGGACUACGAGAACGCCGGCACGGGCGGCCCCGCGGCGGGCAGGUCCCGCCGCUCCACCCGCUCGGACCUGUCGCUGAGCUCCCGCGGGAGCCAGCCGGGGGGCCCCCUGCACCACCACCACCCGCCUGCCGUCGGGGCCGCCAAGAGCUCGGCCACGGUGAGCCGCAACCUGAACCGCUUCUCCACCUUCGUCAAGUCCGGCGGGGAGGCCUUCGUGCUGGGCGAGGCGUCGGGCUUCGUGCGGGACGGCGACAAGCUGUGCGUGGUGCUGGGCCCCCACGGGCCCGAGUGGCAGGAGAACCCCUACCCCUUCCAGUGCUCCAUCGAAGACCCCACCAAGCAGACCAAGUUCAAGGGCAUGAAGAGCUACAUCGCCUACAAGCUGGUGCCCAGCCACACCGGGCAGCAGGUGCACCGGCGCUACAAGCACUUCGACUGGCUCUACGGGCGCCUGGCCGAGAAGUUCCCCGUCAUCUCGGUGCCCCACUUGCCCGAGAAGCAGGCCACGGGGCGCUUCGAGGAGGACUUCAUCUCCAAGCGGCGGAAAGGCCUGGCCUGGUGGAUGGACCACAUGUGCAGCCACCCGGUGUUGGCCCAGUGCGACGCCUUCCAGCACUUCCUCACCUGCCCCAGCACCGACGAGAAGGCCUGGAAGCAGGGCAAACGCAAAGCCGAGAAGGACGAGAUGGUGGGUGCCAACUUCUUCCUGACCAUUAGCGUGCCCGGGGGCCACCCGACUUCUCUGGACCUGCAGGAGGUGGAAAGCCAAGUGGAUGUCUUCAAGAGCUUCACCAAGAAGAUGGAUGAGAGCACCAUUCAUCUCAACCAGACGGUGAACGAGUUUGCUCGCAAGCAGGUCACAGGGUUCAAGAAGGAGUACCAGAAAGUGGGGCAUUCCUUCAGGGGCCUCAGCCAGGCCUUUGAGAUGGACCAGCAGCCUUUUUCGGUUGGCCUCAAUCAAGCCAUCGCCUUCACUGGAGAAGCUUAUGAUGCUAUUGGUGAACUCUUUGCAGAUCAACCCAGACGGGACCUGGACCCUGUGGUGGAUUUAUUAGCACUGUAUCAGGGACAUCUGGCUAAUUUCCCAGACAUCAUUCAUGUCCAAAAAGGAGCCCUUACCAAAGUGAAGGAGAGUAAGCGGCAUGUAGAAGAAGGAAAGAUGGAGGCCCAGAAAGCAGAUGGGAUUCAAGAUCGUUGUAACAUUAUUUCUUUUGCUACCCUGGCAGAAAUUCACCAUUUCCACAAAAUUCGAGUCAGGGACUUCAAGUCACAAAUGCAGCAUUUCUUACAACAGCAAAUACUUUUUUUCCAAAAAGUGACACAAAAGUUAGAAGAAGCUCUUCACAAGUACGACAGUGUUUAAUGUCUGGAUGGCUACAAUAUUGUUUUAUUCCUGAACUCUGAAUAGUGGAUAUUUCUUCACAUAUGGAUGAAUUAAGCAACAGAGACAACAAAUACUGCUUUCAAAGAACUAUUAGCACCUCCUUGGGGUUGCUGUAUAAGGAUGGUUUUAUAAUCUGUUUUGGAUCCAACUGAACCUAAUAAUUACAUUUGGAGCAAACAAUUAUGUCUGUGUAGCGGAGACUGUACUACACAUUGUAAAUAAGUUAUACUCUGCCUACACUACCAUUGUAAUGUUUUGACAUAAUGAUUAUACUAUCUGCCUUAUUGCUUUUUUGAAACACAGAAUUUUAGUGCAUAUUUUGUAGACCUCAGAACCUUUUUGGGUCUUCAAAGAAGCUGGUUAGUUAAAGAACUUGCUUCAGAUGCCUUUUUAAAAUACUCUUCAGUUUGAAUUUUCUAAAUUCAACCAGUUAUCUGUUUACAAAUUCCUGUUAGAGCAGCUAUGCGACUCUGUGCCUUUAGACUCACAAUUGUUUCAGUUUUUUUCUAAUUAACCACAGUUUUGUGACUGAAUGAAUGAAGGGUUGGCACCUCUGACAGGGCCUGAUUUCAAACCUCAUAGUGACUGGAAUAAAAUAAGUAUCCUGAAAACCUUAGCAAGAUAAAUGUUGGUUGAAACAUGGAAUCGGAAAUCAUUUUAGACUUUAUUCUGAUUUUUAAAAAUACUAUUUAUUAUUCAUACCAGAACCUUGAACAGACAGAAACGAGGGCAGCGCUGCUGUUAUUUCCUAACAUGACAACAUAUGACUGUUUACUGUAACACUUUUUAAAAUAGAAACUUGGACCCCUUAUCUAAUAAAUGAGUACUCAAGUGUAAUCAUGGGUAAGAGAACAAAAUUAGUGGGAUACAUGUUUGUGUGCUGCUUUGUGCAAAUGUUGGCUGGCUAUUGAUUUAUUGGACCCUUAAGCAUGGACCUACACUGCAGACUGUCAUUAAUGUUUGUUGUAGCUGCUGUUUGGUUGAAAAGAAGAUGGUGGUAGCUUCUGACAAGUUUAUUUUCCCUGAAUGCUUCCGCAGACUGUUGCUGUAGAUUGUGCUUCAAGUCCUGUAAAUAAGGGUCUGAGUGUAUACUGCUUACAAAUGGAUGUAAGGGAGCUCUAAUGUGAUAAGACCUGGGUGAGCGUUCUACUUGCCUGUAUUUCUGCACUCCGCAAGGAAGCCCUUUUUGAAAGGAAUUAAGUUCCUCAUUGUCUAAAAUUACACUGAUAUUUGAAAAUAGUGUUCAAAAAUUCACAGAGUGCCACACUUUGAAUUUAAAAGGUGCUUCAGUUUAUCUCUCUGCAAUGCCUACUAGUGUUAAUGAAACAAAUUUUAACUUGGGUCAUUGCCUAGAAUUGCACCACUAGUUCUGUAUCCAAGAUGGCUUUGGAUAUCUAUUGCCUUAAAUACUGCUGUUUGCAUUGAGUAUGGCAGAAAUAAGUUUUUCUUCUAAUGCUGUUUUUACAAGCAGAGUAUGAGAGGUUUACCACUCCAAAACUCCUGGGCAUGGAAUGAUGGUGGCAAAUCCUUGCUAGGUGCACAGUAGCUCCUUGGAGUCUGGUUUCAUUAUAUCUAUCUAAUCUCUUCAUCUAUUAAAACGUUUUAAAAAGCA